ACCGCACCCUCAAAUUAAGAGAAGGAGAAGGCAAAAAAAAAAAAAAAAAAAACACAGAGGGAGAGAAGAAAACGAGGGAAAUAUCAAGAAAUGGGAGAUUCAAGUGACUCAGUCUCCAUUGAUAUGGAGACUCCUUCUCUUAGUGGAAAGGAGUAUGUUGUUGAAACUUGCUGUGGUUAUGUGUCGGUUUCUGUAUAUGGAGACCAAGACAAGCCCGCUCUUGUUACUUAUCCUGAUUUAGCUCUAAAUCAUAUUUCUUGUUUUCAAGGAUUGUUCUUUUGUCCUGAAGCAUGCUCGUUGCUCCUUCACAACUUUUGCAUAUAUCACAUCAGUCCUCCUGGGCAUGAGUUGGGAGCUGCCACAAUUAGUCCUGAUGACCCUUUGCUUUCUGUUGAUGACUUGGCAGACCAAAUUGCUGAUGUUCUCAAUUAUUUUGGACUUGAUGCAGUGAUGUGUAUGGGGGUUACUGCUGGAGCUUACAUUCUUACCUUAUUUGCUAUGAAAUAUAGACAACGUGUUCUUGGCUUGAUACUUAUUUCCCCUCUAUGCAAUGCACCCUCUUGGACAGAAUGGCUGUAUAACAAGGUCUUGUCUAAUUUACUAUACUAUUAUGGCAUGUGUGGUGUGGUGAAGGAAUUAUUACUUAAGCGGUAUUUCAGCAAGCAGGAAGCUCGUGGUAGUGCUCAAGUACCAGAAUCAGAUGUAGUCCAGGCCUGCAGAAGAUUGCUGGAUGAGAGGCAGGGUUUAAAUGUGUGGCGAUUUCUUGAAGCAAUGAAUGGGAGACAAGACAUUAGUGAUGGAUUGAGAAAACUACGGUGUCGCUCACUAAUAUAUGUUGGUGAGAGCUCUCCGUUUCACUUUGAGGCUCUUGACAUGAACUCAAAACUUGACAGAAGAUGUAGUGCCUUAGUUGAGGUUCAGGCAUGUGGGUCAAUGGUGACAGAGGAGCAGCCCCAUGCCAUGUUAAUACCACUGGAAUACUUUCUCAUGGGAUACGGUAUGUACAGGCCACCUAAGUUGAGUGUUAGUCCAAGAAGUCCUCUGAGUCCAAUUUGCAUCUCGCCAGAGCUUCUAUCGCCGGAAAGCAUGGGUUUGAAGUUAAAACCAAUAAAAACACGCAUAUCUCUAGAAGUUUAAAAGGAUAUGAAUGGCCGGGGAAGGGGAGAAUGCUUUUUGUAAUCUAUUUAUUGGAGGAGUUUUUAAUUUCUUUGAUUGGUUGGGAUUAUAAAUGUUGGAGGAUUGCUAGAAGAAUGUAGAUAGAAGUCAAGAGGAAAGAUACAAGGGAAAAAUAUUUAGAAAGAAGCAGAUGUUGCCAUUCUUUUAUUUGUAUCAUAAACGUUAGUUGAGGUUGAGAGGAGGGGUUCAGUUGUAAAUCCUUGAAAUAAUUUUUUUUACACUGAUAAGCAAAUAAUGAUAGCGACAAUAAAGGUUGGGCGUUGAACUUGCA